UACUGGGCCAUUCGCACUACCCUCUGUAGUGCCUUGUGGUCGGAGGCCGAGCAGUUGCCAUACCAGGCAGUGAUGCAACCAGUCAGGAUGCUCUCGAUGGUGCAUCUAUAGAACCUUUUAGGGAUCUGAAGACCCAUGCCAAAUCUUCUCCCUAUAGGCUGUCUCAUUGUUGUUGGUGAUCAGGCCUUCCACUGUUGUGUCAUCGGCAAAUUUAAUGAUGGCGUUGCAGUCGUGAUUGGCCUUGCAGUCGUGAGUGAACAGGAAGUACAGGAGGGUGCUGAGCACACACACCUGAGGGGCCCCUGUGUUGAGGAUCAGCGUGGCGGAUGUGUUGUUACCUACCCUUACCACCUGGGGGCGGCCCGUCAGGAGGUCCAGGAUCCAGUUGCAGAAGGAGGUGUUUAGUCCCUGGGUCCUUAGCUUAUUGAUGAGCUUUGAGGGCACUAUGGUGUUGAACGCUGAGCUGUAGUCAAUGAAUAGCAUUCUCACAUAGGUGUUCCUUUUGUACAGGUGUGGAGUGCAAUAGAGACUUCAUCAUCUAUGGAUCGGUUGGGGCGGCAUGUAAAUUGGAGUGGGUCUAGGGUUUCCGGGAUGAUGGUGUUGAUGUGAGCCUUGACCUGCCUUUCAAAGCACUUCAUGGCUACAGACGUGAGUGCUACGGGUCGGUAGUCAUUUAGGCAGGUUACCUUAGUGUUCUUGGGCGCAGGCACUAUGGUGGUCUGCUUAAAACAUGUUGGUAUUAGAGACUCAGACAGGGAGAGGUUGAAAAUGUCAGUGAAGACACUUGCAAGUUGGUCAGCGCAUGCUCGCAGUACACUUCCUGGUAAUCCGUCUGGCCCAGCGGCCUUGUGAAUGUUGACCUGUCUAAAGGUCUUACACUCAUCGGCUGCAGAGAUCAUGAUCACACAGUCUUUCGGAACAGCUGCUGCUCUCAUGCAUGUUUCAGUGUUAUUUGCCUCUAAGCGAACACAAAAGUAGUUUAGCUCGUCUGGUAGGCUCGUGUCACUGGGAAACUCUCGGCUGUGCUUCCCUUUGUAGUCUGUAAUGGUUUGCAGGCCCUGCCACAUCCGAUGAGCAUCAGAGCUGGUGUAGUACAACUCAAACUUAGUCCUGUAUUGAUGCUUUGACUGUUUGAUGGUUCGUCGGAAGGCAUAGCGGGAUUUCUUAUAAGCUUCCGGGUUAGAGUCCCGCUCCCUGAAUGCAGCAGCUCUAGCCUUUAGCUCAGUGCAGAUGUUGCCUGUAAUCCAUGGCUUCUGGUUGGGGUAUGUACGUAUGGUCACUGUGGGGUCAACGUCAUCAAUUCACUUAUUGAUGAAGUCGAUGACAGAUGUGGUGUACACCUCAAUGCCAUUGGAGUAAUCCCGGAACAUAUUCCAGUCUGUACUAGCAAAACAGUUCUGUAGCUUAGCAUCUGCUUCAUCUGACCACUUUUUAUUGAUCUAGUCACUGGUGCUUCCUGCUUUAAUUUUUGCUUGUAAGCAGGAAUCAGGUGGAUGGAAUUAUGGUCAGAUUUGCCAAAUGGAGGGCGAGGGAGAGCUUUGUAUGCAUCUCUGUGUGUGGAGUAUAGGUGGUCCAGAAUUAUUUUCCCUCUGGUUGAACAUUUGACAUGCUAAUAGAAGUUUGGGAAAACUGAUUUAAGUUUCCCUGAAUUAAAGUCCCUGGCUACUAGGAGUGUCGCCUCUGGGUGAGCAUUUUCUUGUUUGAUUAUGGCGGAAUACAGCUCAUUCAAUGCUGUCUUAGUAGCAGCCUCUGACUGUGGUGGUAUGUAAACAGCUACAAAGAAUAUAGAUGAAAACUCUCUCCGUAGAUAGUGUGGUCUGCAGCUUAUCAUGAGAAAUUCUACCUCGGCAAUAGCUUGAGACUUCCUUAGAUAUCGUGCACCCGCUGUUGUUUACAAAAAUACACAGACCGCCGCUCCUUGUCUUACCAGACGCAGCUGUUCUAUCCUGCCGGUACAUCGCAUAACCACCCCCCUGUAUGUUGAUAUUGUCAUCGUUCAGCCAUGACUCCGUGAAGCAUAAGAUGUUACAGUUUUUAAUGUCCCGUUGGUAGUUUAAUCUUCCCAAUAACUCAUCCAUUUUAUUGUCCAAAGAUUGCAUGUUUGCUAGCAGAAUUGAGGGGAGUGUUUUUUUUUCAAUCGCCUCCAACUUCUCAGAAGGUAGCCCGCUCUCCAGCCUCUCUUCGUCCGCCUCCUCUUCACGCAGUUCACUGGGGUUAGGGCCUAUUCCCUAGGGAGCCGUAUAUUCUCCGCCUCGGGCUCGUCAGAGUCUUAAGUGUAUUUAAAACCGAAUACUUUUAGACUUUUACUCAAGUAGUAUUUUACUGGGUGACUUUCACUUUUAUUUGAGUCAUUUUCUAUUAAGGUAUAUUUACUUUUACUCAAGUAUGACAAUUGGGUACUUUUUCCACCACUGUUGAAACCAGACUUUUUUGCACUGUUGUUGGGCUAAUAUUUACAUCCGUAGCAACAGCUCCCUGUGAAUCCUUUCUCAAUAGAAGCAUUCAGUGAAUUGUAGCUUUAAGACUAAAGUUAAGAUGUAAGAUUAGGAGAUUAGGUUCAUGUUCAAUAACUACAAUAUUUACCAAUACUAUAAGUUUCACUUCCAAAAGGAUUCUAAAGUUAUAUUCCACCGAUACAAUAUUUGUUUUAGGUCAUUUGUGGAAUAUAUUUUGUGUAUGCAUUAAUGCAUUACAUGUUUCUUCUGCAAUCAGUGCUAUAUUUGAUCAUCUAAUUUUAAAGAUACAAACCAUGCACUCCACCAGUUCUCUUAUAUAUAUUUUGUGGGAAGGGAAGUUAGAAAGAGGUGAGCAACAACAACCUUAUCUGUGUACAACAGCCUUUCUCUUUCUGUCAAAGCCAGUAAGAAAACAGACCAAAAAAAGAUUGCACAGAUAGGUAUAUAUACUCAAACUGCAGCACAAGCAUCAAGUCAUUCUAACUGCCCAGUGUCUCUGAGGUACUUCACAAGAAAGAUGAGCCUGGUCUGUGUUCAGUUGGGACUAUUUGUAUUUUGGAUCUUUGGUUCCUGGGGUUGGCUGAGUAACAAAUGUAUCCUCUAUGAGAAGGUGAAUUACUGGAUGUACAUUCACGCUAACUGCCCAAGCAUGAUCGGCUUCACUGCCAGUUGCUGGGAUAUAUAUGACCUCAAAGUCAACCUCUCUGUUGUUCCAUCAAACUACCAGACCCUCUGUCUCGAGAUCAGGAGUGGAUACGUAAUGCAAUCUGGCGCUCUCUCUCGAUUCUAUGCUCUUGAGAGACUUCACCUAGAGGGGUUUCUACCCACAAUUCUCCAUGGCACCUUCAAGGGACUGUCCAGUGUAAAGACACUCUCUCUGAACUGUAAGGGGAUGAUACAGUGUAACAAUGCAUCACUUCUAUCCAACACUUUCAGGAACCUGACUAAUCUGGAAGAAUUUUCCAUUGACGAUUGCAUGCUUUCUGUGAUGGCACUGGACGUAUUUGGAGGGAUCUCGCUAUUGAAGAAACUCACAGUCAACAGAUGUUGUGCACGGGAGCUAUCUGAUUUGCUAUGCAGGAUAGUUAAUAUGUCACAGUCAAUAACAAGCCUGACAUUUAAGUCAGAGGAGAUAGUCAUUUUGAGGCCCCCAAACUGCUCUGACACCAAAGGAGCUGUUCUUGAGCUUCCUCAUUUCUAUCGUCUUCAAGAGGUGAGAUUUUCAUUCCCUAACGCUCAUCACUUAGAAAAAGGUGCAUUCAAAUGCUUUGAAAACAUCACAGAUCUCUCUGUGCCUAUAGUUGAUGAGCCACAGACACAGCUUCUGCAGUCUGGCAUCAAAAGACUGCAGGCAUUUGAUUUUUACAACAAAUGCAUUUCCUUUGAGUCAGUUUGUGAAACAGUAUUCAAACUCUCAAUCACAGAAAUUAAUGUAAGAAAUUAUAAAUUCUGGAACACCACAUCUGCUGUGAGAAACUGCCAGGGGAUAAAGAAGAUUCAUUUAAAUCAUUAUGAACAUGAUCAUGAUGCAAUUAACUUGAGUUUGAUCCAUGAUUUGAAGAAUCUCGUUGAUUUGGGUGUUUUCCUUAUGCACUCGAGGGAAGUUGAAAUCAGUAUGCUUUGUGACAUUCAAAAGGAUCCCGUUCUGUGGCUGAAAAAACUGUGCCUGUUAAGCUUUCAAAUCACAAACAUCACCUCAGAGCAGUUUGGUUGCUUGAAGAAUCUGAAACAGCUGAUUUUGUCAGGAAAUCAGAUUACCACUGUUGCAGACUUUACAUUUAAGGAACUAGCUAAAUUGAGGUUCUUAGACCUACGGAAUAACAAGAUCUCUCAGAUAACAGAGAACAGUUUCUUUGGCCUGCAUGGCUUGGAAACCCUAAUUCUGGAACUAAACCCACUUGAAACGAUUGAAGCACUUGCCUUCAUCCACCUCACUUUGCUGAAGCACAUCUGUUUAGGGGACUUUCAACCUUUGCCUAGUGAGUUGGAGAGUAGCGUGAAUGUGAAUCUGACACACAUAUUUGGUGUGUUCCCUCAAGGGUUAAUGCACAUGAACAUUUCUUCCAUGUGGUACACCCUCAACAUCAUCAUCGGCAGCAACAGCAUCCCAAAACCAGGGGUUUCCCUUCAGCUCAGUGCCACAACUGUAUUCUUCCAGGACUGCUGGAGACCGUUUCUCCAGUCCGUCGUCAGCCUCACAGCCAUAACAGAACGCCUCCUGUGUGGGUCUCAUUUUGCAGCAAGAUACUUCACCUCCCUACAGUACUUUGGCUUCAAUUCUGUGCUGUCAGCUGAAUUUGUGGACAUGACUGACCUGAACACACUUGUGGAGAUGAGGUAUCUAUUUAUCCAUUUACUUAACGGUAGAGUGAGGACAAACAGCUGUAUAGUUUCAAAAGUAUACUAUAAAUUAGAUUAAAAGCUGU